CCCUAAUCGAGGUACGCACGCACGUACGCACGCACCCACGUACGUUUGACCAUUCGCCAAGCGAUACGCCAUAGAUAUCGUCGCUUGAAUUCGAUGUCAGGGCGCGAGGCUGAGGUUGGUUGAGUAAUUGGAUCGGGUGAACAUUUCGAGUGGGCCAGAGCGCUUGAGGGUCCAUGAAAGAUCAAGACUUGCUCCAAAGCUUCCUCAAGGAGCAGGGCGAUGCUACCUCGACAGCUUGACGACAUGACACCUCGCCGCCGCCGUAUAUAACUGCUCCACCUUCCUCCUCUUCAUCGCCGCUGCCCCGCAACAUCACUCCUUCCUUACACGAUAAUGUCUGGUCUUCCACCCCAACCCAACCCAUUGGCCUACUACGCCUGGAUGCCCCCGGCCGAGGCAUCUUCCAAUGAAGCACUCGCCGUCCUGGACGCCUGCUGCCUCGCCGUAAUCAGCUACGAUGUCGUCUGCCACUUCUCCUUCGACCUCGCCCGCCUCAAGGAGCUGCGCUUCAACCGCGAUACCUUUCUGCGCGGCUCUACCUGGUACCUCCUGUCUCGCUGGCUCACAUUCAUGGCCUGUUUGGUCGGAACCGUCUUCGAGUACCUGCGACAGAAUGGUAGCUGCUCGGCUUCCUGGACGAUUUUCUCCGUCUUCUACGCCCUGGGCAAUGCCUCCAACUCGCUGCUCCUCGGUCUGCGCGUCGUCGCCUUUUGGAACAAGGAUAAGCGUAUCCUCUGGGGUCUCGGUCUGCUCUGGCUCGCCGUACUCGGUAUGGACACGAGUGUCGCCUGGGCUGCGAGGGGAUACGCUCUUGCCAUCGGGGAUCAGCAGGUCGGCUGCGUCAUUGGCGAUAUUAUCAUGGUCAACGGCGUGAACAUCAACAUCAUGGGCUACGCCUCGACGCUCGGCUACGACGCCAUCUGCCUCGGCUUGAUCAUGUACAAGCUCUGGCACGCCGACGGCCAAGUGGUCCCUUCCUUCAGCGGCCGCGAAAAGGGCUCGGCGCUGCCCGUAACGCAGCCCCGCUCCACGAAGAUGAUUACCCCCUUCCUCCGUCGCCAAACGCUCAUCACCUACGCAUUGAGCUUCUCGGCCUCCCUCGCCUUCAUCAUGGUCCAAAUCAACCCGCGCAAGGAGUUGAAUUUGAUCGCUACCAUCGCAUUUGCUGUUCCGUUCGAGACCUUUCAGAACUGCCUCAUCUGCUACAUGUUCCGCUCCCUCUUCAACUUCACGCGCGAGCAAUCGCUCCCGCAGCCAGGCCAAGGCGUCGGCGCCACGCCGCUCAUCGGCGCAGGGGGACGCCCAGGCAGCGGGGAUCGCAGCUCCGGGUCAGGACCAAGCAGCAGCCAGGGCCACUACACUCAUUCGACCAGCUUCGACUCCUCCUCUGCGGCGAACCACUGGGGCACACCCAAGUUCAACACUGUCUCGCCCUCUCUCUCACAGGCAGGCGGCGUUUUCCCCAGCAACGGUCGCAGUGGCAGCUUCUCGACUCACUUCAACAAGAGGCCCUCCUUCGCGUCAACGACUACCCCAGCUGGCAGCGCGGUCGGGUAUGGAUCUCAGCCGCCGACGUUGUUUUCGGCCAAUAUGGCUGGGCAGGCGAUGGAGCACACGCCGAGGGCUAUGACGCCGCGAUCGCAGCCUUUCGUGAACUCCGCGGUCGAGGGAGGGGAUGGACCUGUGUUUAGGAUCACGCAGACCGAGGACGUAGAGAUCGCACCACCUGCGGGAGCGAGGUUGGCUGCAUAGGCGUGCGGUUCGGUCGCGUCUAUGUCUGAGAAUUUUGAUCCUGAUGUAUCAUAGCGACCGGAUAUUCGAAUUUUCCUAUGAUUGCUAGCUU